AUGUCGCUUUCUCCUUCCUCUGGUACAGCAGCCAUCGCAAUGCUCAAACAAGUGUCAGACGCAGAAUUGGACCCAAAUGACGAAGCUUAUUUCGAUAGGAGUAUGCUGGCCAAACUAAGCCAAGCUUAUGGGGAGUCUUGGGUAACGGAUCCUACACAAAUUCUCGAAGAGGACCAGCUUCAGAAGCUUUUCCGUAUAAUAGUCAUGUCUCCUAAGGCGGGUGAUUAUCAUAAAGAGUGGAAGGACCAGGUCAAAAAUGAAAAUGCUCUCGCACGCGCGCAAGUCACCGAGCCGACGAUCAAGAAAUGCUUGCAAGAGUGUUGGGCGACAACCAAUUUUUCUGUAAUCAGGCAUGCGGCUUUCUUGGGUGAGCCUGUACCGCAACUGCGAUCCCCAGGCCCAUCCCCGCAUUCUACUUUGAUGAUAGCGCUCGACACAGCUUGGGCGACUCCCUUCCAAGGCAAUGGCCACAAGAAACUUUAUGUGACAAUCUCCGCCAUGAAGGCACAGUCUAAGAGGGAGCAUUACUCCAACACAGCUGCAGUCAUUCAAAGUUCGGGUGGCGGCAAAUCACGAAUGGUCGACGAGCAGGCAGAGCUUGUCUUUACCAUUCCUUUGAAUCUUCGGGCGGAGGCAGAAUCAAAGCAGUUCGCUUACCCACCGCCGGACUCUGCAAUCCGUAACGUGCUCGUCCGGCGUUAUAACGAGAUCGAUCAGCGAGUGCGCUACCAUACGUUCCUUGCGUGUCUCUUCGCUGUUGUCAAGAAAGAAGUCGACACGAUCAUUUCGGAGGACCCUCUCAUGACUUACGACCAUCUGUCGAGCCGAUGGAGGAUGCAUCUGCGCGCCGACAGUGCACAAGGUAAAGACAGAAGCCGCCGUGGACACAUCUAUCAAGAGGUAGUCGACAACAUGAAGAUCGCGGCGGUAUCAAUACGUGAAUCUGCAUUGGGAGUGGAACAGGCAAACAACGGAACAAUGCCACAGGGAAUAAACUCUUCGGGAAGCAAGCUCUCACAGGUUGAUGACGACUCUUUGCUGGUGAAACAGCUGGAUAUCGUGAAACAACAAGGCCGUGAUCAACUGAGCGCCUUGGUACAAUCCCUCGAGUCGGUUCACGACCCCACUAUGCCAAACAAUCGAUCUGUGAAACUAGUCCUCUACUUUGACGAAGCCCAUGAGCUGACAGAAGCGAAGAUUCUUGAUCGCUCUGAUGACCAAACACUCUACGACGUUAUCCUCUCCGUUCUGAACGAAUAUAGAGUCUUUCCGCUCUUCGUUUUGUUCUUGUCCACUUUAUCCCACGUCGCGCAGUUUGCUCCCCCUCGCGACAUGUUUCGUUCCGCCCGGGCUUUCGCUAGCGACGCCCACCAAGCUCCGAUCACAGAGACCCCAUUUGACUGCUAUCCCAACCUCCUCAUCGAGCAGGACGCUUACGAUCUCCGUGCGGUUUCAAGAAUCGAAUUCAUGGCCCGAUUUGGGCGCCCUCUUUUUUGGACAAUACUCAAAGGCCUCACUGGAGAAUCUCUUGAGGAGAUGUGUGAAUACGUUAUCCAUCUCGCCCGAGCGAAACUGGUUGGGCGUACGAUGACAGACGAACCUCCUGAAAAGUUCACUGACACUGCACUGCUUGCCGUUGUCGAUGUUCGUCUAUGCCUCGAGUAUGAGCCCUUGAACAGCCAGUCCGCCCUCCAUACGCAGGCUGACUUAGUCGCACAUCACAUGCGAGUGGCUUAUUCUGUCCCGAAGCACCGUUGUUACUUUCGAUCGGGUUACUCUAGCGAGCCCAUUCUUGCCGAGGCUGCUACGCAUCAGCUCAAUCUUUGGCGGGCAUCAAACCGUACCAUUCUCGUCGACGUCUUGGCUCAGCAUAUGACCUCAAACCUUUUGGACCGUGGUGAACGCGGUGAGGUCGUAGCCCGAGCAUUGAUCAUCGAGGCCUACGAUCGUGCGACUCGUCGGUGCCAAAAGAAUGAUAGUGACCCUCUAUCUAUGGGAUGCGGUGUCAUCGAGUUCGUAGAGGACCUUUUUCGGGACCAUGAUACAGUCCUCGAGUCAUACCCUGACAAUGUCCAGGGAGGUGAACGUUUCAAAGACAAGUUCAAGAACGCUCGGCUUCGUAUCACACAUUUCGCGCGCGCCGCGGACGAUCAUAUAGUGAGAACGGAGAGUAUGGCCCCGGCUUUUAUUCGAGGCACUGCGUUUGUCUGCCGUCGCAACGAGCGCAUGAUUGACAUCAUACUUCCCAUUCUGCUGUGGGACGCGAAGAUAUGCGAAUGGGUCAUGUCUAGCGCCUUCAUUCAAGUCAAGGACAAAGCG